UAAGUCCUUUUAUCCGGUUUUCCCAAACUUCUGUGUGCCUGUCAUCUCUAUUACAAGCUUUUUCGAAACUCUUUAGGCCAUAAUUGAUUUCAUCCUUGCAGGAAUUAACUAAGAGUCGAAAAUUGUAGUUUACGUGUUGAUCUACUUGCUCUACCGACCUACGGUUUGUGCCUAUCUACUUGUAUAUGUUGGCGCCGCAGGUAUGAUGAAUAAUCGGAAAAGUGAUGAUGGAUUUGAAAUGGCCAGCAUGAGCAACCGCGUUCUGGAACUCACAGUCAUUUCGGGAGAAGACCUUCGGAUCAAGGGAAAACCAAUCAGGAACAACGCGUAUGCAAUCAUAAAAACCAACAACGUCCCCAACGCGACCACGAAAGUCGACCAGGAAGGCGGAAGCUACCCUUACUGGGAUGAGAAGCUCCUCGUGGACCUGCCCCUCCGCACGUUCUUCAUCACAGUUGAGGUCCGCCGGAGAACAUCCUCUGGAGUGGGGCAGCUCAUUGGGGCAGCAAGCAUCCCGGUUUCGGACUUCAUCGGAGGCUACACGCCAGAGAACUACCUGCACUUCCUGAGUUACCGGCUGAGGGACGCAGUUGGAGAGAGAAACGGGAUCGUGAAUGUGUCGGUGAGGGUGAAGUCACCGGCGCCUUACGGGUGUUCUACGGCAUCAGCGACACAGCCAGAGAUGGGCAUUCAAUCAGUGGAUCCAGGAGAUGGCCGUGCAGGCGGGACAGUAGUGACCGGUAUGCCCGUAUGUUUUCCUCACGCAUGCAGAUCUAGAUAAUUAUUGCAAUUGUCAAAGCUAGAUGAGUAGCCGAUGUAGAAUUUUCUUUUUGCCCAGAAAAUAACAAUAAUGAAGUGAAGGAUGAUAAGAAUUUUUUGAAAUGGUAAGGAUUCUUCACAUAAAUGAAUUAGAAAUUUAAUUUAUAUGUCGAACUUGUUUUUGGAUAAGCCAGUUAUGAUCUUCCCCAAAACUUCGCAGUUUGUUUUAUUCACAUACAUAUUGAUAUAUAUAUAUAUAUAUAUAUGUAUAUCUUCAAUUUACCAUAUUUUCGCAAGGAAUUUACAGCCCAUAGGAUAUGUGUUGCUUGUUUUUGGACUAUACAAAACAAAGAAAGGCAUGAAACUUUUUAGGAAGGCCGAAAACAAAUAACAAAAGGUUGGAAUGA